AUGGAUCAUUCUAUCAUGGUGGGCCAGUACGCGCUGGGCAAGCAGAUCGGCUCUGGCAACUUCUCCAAGGUGCGAUUGGGCACCGAUCCGCAAGGUCGCACGUGGGCCAUCAAGAUUGUGGACAAGCGCCGUCUAAAGAAGGAGAACAUGGAGGACCAGAUGCUCCGUGAGGUCGCCAUCAUGCGCAGUCUGCGCCAGCAGAAUGUGGUGAAGCUGCAGGAGGUGCUUCAGUCCACCAACCAUUACUACCUGGUCCUCGAGCUAGUUACAGGCGGUGAGCUCUUUGACAAGAUUGUAGCCGCCAAGCGUUUUGACGAGCCGACGGCGCGCCGGUACUUCCACCAGCUUAUCGCAGGUAUGUACUAUUGUCACUCGAAGGGCUUCGCCCACCGCGACCUGAAGCCAGAGAACCUGCUGCUCGACGCGAACGGUACACUGAAGAUUUCCGAUUUUGGACUCAGUAACCUCCAGCAGGACGUGCUGCUGCAGACGAUCUGCGGCACGCCAAACUAUGUUGCGCCGGAGGUGCUCAUGGAGCGCGGCUACAACGGGCUCUCGGCAGACAUCUGGAGCUGCGGUGUAGUGCUGUACGUCAUGCUGGCGGGGCGUCUACCCUUUGAGGAUCGAAACAUGAAUGUCCUUCUCGGCAAAAUUGAGCGAGGUGACUACCAGAUGAUCCGCCACAUCAGCGACCCUGCCAAGGACCUCGUCGCACGCAUGCUGACCGUUGAUCCACGCAAGCGUAUCUCCAUGGAGGAUGUCAUCAACCACCCGUGGUUCCAGGUCGAGUGGGAUCCGAAGCUGCUUUCCACAUGA